AUGGAUCAACUUGAACAAGAGAAUAGAGUACUCCGUGAUGAAGUUGCAACUCUGAAAGAAAAUCUGGAAAGGUUGAAUGGUAUAGUUGAAUACCUGUCUAACCAGUCUGCACUCAACAAUCAAGAAGUUCAAGGGACCGUUAUCUCCGAAAUAGUAUCAACACUGAUCCCAGUGGUGUCUACUGUUGCUGAAGUAACCUACAGCAUGCCGCCAGGUUUCCCGUGGGGGAUGCCUCCUUAUUUCACUCCGGCCGGUUAUCGUCCACUUGUCCCCGAGGUCCCUGCCGUGACCACCGUCCAAGCUAUUCCUGCAAUUACUGUUGUCAUGACUAGUGCACCUCCGCGUGUGAAUAUUACUCCACAUAUCCUAGACGAACCAAUUUUCCAUAGGGUACCCAGUGAAACUGUGGGUUUGGAAGAAAGGAUGGAUGGGUUUCAAGGCCAAUUUUCUGAGAUGCAAAAAGAAUUGAGAGCCCUUCGUGGGAAGGAUUUGUUUGGAAAAAGUGCUUCUGACUUAUGUUUGGUCCCAAAUGUCAAGGUUCCGCUGAAGUUCAAGGUCCCUGAUUUUGAGAAAUACAAGGGGAAUACUUGCCUUCAAAGUCAUCUUAUUAUGUAUGCCAGGAAAAUGUCUGCCCAAACUGACAAUGAUCAACUACCCAUUCACUAUUUCCAAGACAGUUUGACAGGUGCUGCACUCAGGUGGUAUAUGGGAUUAGAUAGUGCGAAAAUUCGGACUUUCAAUGAUCUAGGAGGAGCCUUCAUCAAGCAAUACAAGUAUAAUAUGGACAUGGCACCUGACCGUGACCAAUUAAGGGCUAUGGCCCAGAAAGACAAAGAGAAUUUCAAGGAAUACGCUCAGUGUUGGCGCGAGUUAGCCGCCUAA